AUGGCAGCAUCAUCGUACGUCUACGAAGGCCAGAGCAUCGACUGCCAUGGCAAGUGCCUCGCAUUUGUCCUGUUCUACUACUUCAUGCAUUGCUACGAUGUGGCCGUUCCGGCAAACGGGCAGGAGGAGGGCCAAAUGCCCAACCUUACGAAGCUGUACGAGAUGCCGUUCCAACUGCUCAGCGCCGCCGAGUACAAAAGGCACUGCGUCUUCUGUGGAGCGAGGAGCGCCUUUUUCAAGUGCUCCUCGGAGAACUGCCUGAACCACUACCACCUGAGUUGCAACACGAACGCGACGAUUGUCGUGCACCACGGCAAACCGGACUCCAAGCAGCCCUGCUACAGGUUCCUCUUCUGCCAAGUACACAUGAACAGCUACGAGGUGGACCUCGUGAACUGCAGGUUCAAUUCCAAAAUAUCGCUGCUGGAGGAGUACGAAAUAUUGAAGGAGGGAAAUGUGCCGGUUAAGGACCCGACCCCGAGCGAGCCUCCGACGCCAAUGCCGUCUCCAGUCUGUACCAGCGCAAAUUCAAGGGCCGCAGCGAAAGUGCAAUCACACUUGAAGCUAGAGAGGGUGGACAAAAAGCAGAUGCUCAUGAAAGGGUCGAUUACAGCCCGAAAGACGGAUGAUCCUGGGAUGCCCACAACGGCAUCCAACGAAGCGAGAACGGACAGUACCAACAUAAACUCAAUGCAGUCUCAAGAAAGGCUUGGUCAUUCAAAGGACUACAUUGCAUGCCUGCUCAACGAGUACGGCGUGCUGAAGCGCCAUGGGUACCAAAAGAACACGAAGAAGUUCGACUGGUGGCCCUACGAAGUCCUUUUUAGCAAGAUAGGGCCCGACCUUUUCAGCAACAUCGCACCACUCAACAACGGCCUCGUGGAGCUGUACAAGGACCUGAGGAGCGUCCUCCUUUUUAACAAAUGCGUCGAAUCGGUGAUGGACUUGAGGAAAAUGGCCCUCGAGUGUGAGCCUUGCGUGAUGAACAUUACAGGUUCCAUCUCAUCGCAGCUGAAGCAAGACGCGAAGCCCGUACAGAUGCAAGGCAGCCCAAAUUUGAGGUCUGCUCCGGUGCCGGCACAUGGUCCAUAUGAUGCGGAUGCCGAGACUAUGCAGCAGGCGCUGUAUAGUCAGAGCGCGCAUGUUGCUCCCGGAAUCAACCUGAAUCUAUCGCAAAACAAUGUAGAGCCCCCAUUGCAGCUGGGAUUUUGCCAACUAUUGGGGCAUCAAACGCACAGGCCAACGUUUGUUCUUGCCAAGUUCGGAAGCCAAUCGGUAUGGCUAUCGACGGCCUACGUCAAGUCGAGACGAGACGGCGCAACGAAGUUGGUUUUGCUGGAUUACAUCCAUGCGGGAUCGCUCGAAUACGAGUACCUAAGAAGAGUCUUUAGGUCAAUAUAUUGUCCUCCAUCGCAAUUAAGGGCCAUACCCGUGCUGGUGUCCCCAGAAGUUGACGAGACGGCCGAAACCUAUCCCGAAGUCGAAACGAUAAAUUUGAGUGGGUUCUGCUGGGACAUUAGGCCGUCAGUGACUGCCUACCUGAAGAACAGGCUUGUGGCAUCCGAUGUACCUGCUGACGAAGCCGGCGUUGUCAAUGACGAGGCCCUCACAGGGAUCAUAAACACCGACCAGAUUGAAGAGGAUGCCCUGUUCAGUGACCCGCUCUCCGUGAAACAGCGGUGCUUUGUCACUAAUCAGGCAAAUGCGCUCGUAGGGGUGUUGAAGGCGGUGAACAAGGCAAUAGACGAGCAGAAGGCGAAGCUGCACCAGAGUCUGAUGGUAGAACAUGCGUACAGUAAAAGGAUACAUGAGGACAAGUCGCUUGUGGAACAAUAUACGAAAGUCGCAACUCGUAUGAACAGGUGGUCCCACUUCAGGCGCGCUAUAAUGCAGGCCAUUGAGGCAUUCAACAACUUCCUGGUUGUCGAGUCGAAAGCCGAUGACCAGCAGAACAAAAACGAGAAGAUUAGGGCGGAUUUGGUGAAGGAUACGACAGACAAGGAAUUUUGUUCGGUGUGCCUAAUGUCGGAACCCGCGCAAAAGCAGAUGAUGCAUCAAUGCAGCCGUUGUUACAUACGCGUGCACUUUAGGUGUUACGUGUCGUACAAACCAACCACUGUGGAGCCCGUACAGGGCCCCGUGAAAACGGAGGAGACCGUGCACGACUGGUUUUGCGACCCGUGCGAGUACGAAGUGCUCAUGAACGCAAACAGCAGAGCUGCGACCUACAACAACGCAGUAUGCUGCGUGUGCUACAGCAGCGGCGGUGCGAUGAAGCGCGUUUCAGAACACGUGGCGAAGCGCAAUGCUCCAAGUAUGCCCGCAAAGAAUUCCAACGCCGCGACGACAGAAAAAUGUUCCAUUUGUACGGUCAGCGGGGGUAUCAUGCUGCAGUGCGCCGAAACAGGGUGCAACAACAAAUUCCAUACCACGUGUGCAUGGGUUGGCGGGGGUUACAUCGUGGAGUCGCCCCUCCACAAUGCGACCGACCUGCCUGGAAUGGUCAGGAACACCCUGUCGUUCAACGAGCUCUUCCCUGCUCUAUCCCUUCGGAUGUUGUGCGCGGAGCACACGGCUGAGCGUUUCGGUGAUGAAGCUGUCACAGCGUUGAUGAUGAGACGGUGCUACGCGUACACGCACUACCAGUACUCUCCCCAGAGCACGACGAACGACCUGAAGGGCACAAUAUUGCCUUUGAGGCCGUGCCCCAGCCAUAUCAUCGUCACCCGGAACGGCGCCAUGCACUCGACACCCAUGGAGGGCAUUCGCCCCAAGGAGGAGCCGGCAACGCCGGAACAAAAGGCGUUUGAUAUGAUCCCCAAGCAGCGGAAGCUGCCGAUGGCUCACGCUAUGCAUGAUGUGAUGCCCACGCCGGCGAAUCCGCACGGAGUUGUCAUGAAUUCACACCACCCGGGGAUGAUGAUGGUCAGCUCUACGCCCAGUGUUAUGAUGAAUUACCCGCACGGGAUGAUGGUUAACACUGCGCCGGGCAUGGCACCAUAUGAUGAUGGGCGGCGGUCACCCAAUGAUGGUGAACCCGCACCACCCGAGCAUGAUGAGCACCCAGCACACGAUGAUGCCAAGUGGUAUGAGGAAGCCUACGAUGACUCCGCUCGUUUACGGUACACAGAACGCGUACAUGAACGACCAGCCGCGAUACGGAGUGAGCGCGAUUGCUUCGCACCUGUCGGGGGGAGGCUACAACCAGCACAUGUCCCACACCAACGUGAACCAUGUGGAGGUGCCGAUGCACCACGUCAUGAUGCCAUACGUCGCGCCGAUGACCACCGUCCCCAUGAAUGGAGGGAUGAUGCCAGUCGCACAACACCCGCAGUACCACCAUAA